UAACGUUUACUUACUUGGUGACUGUGAGUUAGUAAUCACCACUUGACAUUAUAUUCACGGUUUACAUCCGGUGACAGCGUAGAAUAGGUAGGUAAAUAGGUGGGCUGCACUGUGUUCUUAAUAUUUAUAAAGAAUGAAAUCUACCUACCUAAGCUCCCAUAAUAUUGCACUGCAACCAAUAUCGAGACCCCCAAGUUAGAUAAUAUAUCCAGGCAAUGUCGCGUGCUUCGAAGAUGCAAUUUAAUCUAGCAACCGCACAGAGAGAUAUUUUCGACUGGUACGAAAAAAAUGAAUACAAAAUUGACGCCGGAGCGAUCUUCUCCCCGGAGUGGCAAGGUCGGCUGAUCGAAUGGAGCAAAGAGUUCGACAGCGGCAGCAUGUCAGAUAUACGCGAGGAUAUCAAACUGCAUGAGAAGAAUCCCGAAGAGCUAGCGCUUGAACGCCUUUUCCAGGCAUAUCCAAUUGUGGCUUUCUCACUCUGGUAUGUCCUGCAAUCUUGUUACGAACUCGAUGGGAUUAUUUGCGGUACAACACUGCAGAACCGAACCAAUAUAGCUGAGUGGCGGACGUGGCGUCCUUUCCGGUACCUUCUGUCUCAGGAUAUCGCACGCUGCUGGCAAAAGAACCUGCAUGACUUAUUUUCCGAGGCGACAAGCUGCACCGACAAGUUCGAGAAAGAAAAGAUAGACAACCGCCUGCAGCGCAUCUCUCAGGCUAUCCGUCCUCUUAAGGAAGCCGUGGCGACUCUCACUUCUGUAUUUGAGGGAAGAAAGAAAGAGCUGGUCUACAUAUUUUGGAUGUUGAAGGUAGUGCAGGAAAAUGUUGAUAAAAGAUGGCCGCCGAUGGCAGGUGCUCUUUAUUAA